AUGCGCGCCAUUCCGCCAUCCUCCACGCGUCGUCCUCCUGCUCGAUUCGCUCGUCGGUAUGGGGCAAAGUUCAACUCCUUCGACCACUUGGCCAAUGUGAGCCUGUGCUCACAGGAACUGGGGCAGGUCGAAAUCGACUGUCGGUUUCGCCAGUCCAAAACACAGUGGGGAGUGCUAGGCCCGGCGGAAAACCAAGCCGGCAUUCUCUAUAUGGACCUGGGCUUCACGCAACCCAAAGACUGCCGAUUGUCGAAUGCAGUUGUGUGGAUUAGUCUGGAGGAGAUGAGUAAUCUGACCGAGAAGACAAGCCGAUCAAAAGAACCCGAGAAGCCGUCAACAUCCAGAUCGCCAGCGAAUUUGGGUCCUACAAAAGUACCCAACGUCAGGGCAGAGGAGCAAGAAGAAUAUGAUACCGUGCGCUUCCUGCAGUUCACCCACGACUUUGGUCCUCGACAGCUGGCAGGAGAGCCGACAAAAGCGACAACUAAGAAAACAACCUAUCUGACCCCCCAUGUCAAUGUGCUGGGCAAUGGGGGCGGGGGACUGGGAUGGGACCGCGAACAGACUAUUGAGCAAACCAGCCAAUGGCUCUUUACGGGGAACUUGUUGCGAGGCUCGAAACUUGGGAGUCCUGCCGAUGAUAUUGUAUAUCGCACCCUUAAGUGGGAGCUCUCCGAGGAUGAUUUCCAACCCCAGCCUACUCACAGCAACACCAUUCAGACGGCUUUUACUCUCGAGCACGACAUGGAGACAUUUGCGAUCCGAAUUGAAAUUCAAGGAAAACUGCAAAGAAGACACGAACGAGUAAAGAACCAUGUGAAACACCUUUUCAGGUUCCCCAAGGAUCCCAGGCAAAAGCAGGGAAUCUCGUGGACCGCGGUUCUCCCAGAUGAGAGCCAGAAAGCUAGAAGGAGACUCGAUGCUAUUGUGCAAGGGCUACCUUUUGACAUGGAAAGGCUAAAUUUGGAAGCCGUUCGGCCCCAAGUCCCUACAAGCCUCCCUGUUUCCUUCCAGAAAUCAGCUCAAGCAUCCCGGGAUGAGAGCAUGACUACGUCCACGGCUGUAGAGGACAACGAUACCAGUGCCUCUGCAACCAACCACACGGCGGCACCGAGGCUUCCACAUUUCCGUCCCCCAGAGAGAAUAGCGUCUUUUCCGGAAGAAGAGAAAGUCACAAUAGGCCGGCUGCCCACACAAGAGAUACCAGUGAAGAGUCGGACAACCCGCCCGGCGGAAUCUCCAAUGAGGGAACGAUUCGCAACGGCCAGGCACCAUCCCGAGCAUUCUCCCUCUCAAACACCUGUAAAGCGACGGAACGAGAGAUACGAAGAAAUGUUCCGAGAUUCUCAAGUCGAGGAGAUACUGGCCUCCAAGGCAGUGCGAAUCAGCCCGAAAAUGGAGCGAGCCGAAGAACAGGGUCCAGAUGAUGACUUGAAUGAGCUUGCAUCCCAGCUGGCCCAGUUCCCGUUUUUGCUUCGAAUCUUGGUGUGGGUGAUUUCCAUGAUGACUUUCAUCCCAAACAAAGCACCCAAGAAGACGCUGAAAGGUGACUGA